AUGGAUACGGCAAAAGGGGAUGAAAAUACACACGCAGAGAAGUGUGAGGAUCAUUUUCGUACCACACACUCGCGGGACGACACAGGAAGAUACACGGUCGCCAUUCCCUUUAAGGAUGAUCCUAACAAAUUAGGUGAUUCAAGAAAGCAGGCUCUUGCUCGUCUUGUGAGUAUUGAGAAGAAGAUGAGUAAAGACUCUAGUCUGAAACAAGAGUACACAAGUUUUAUGGAUGAAUAUCUCAGCCUGGGUCAUAUGUCGAAAGCACCACCAGGACCAGGGGGCUGUUAUCAACGCCCGAUCGGUCAGGAUGUUGCAGUAUGUCUUUCACAGACAUCUGUGUCUCGUUGCGUAAAAGAAGUGGGUGAAGCUAUAUGCAAUCACUUGUCUCAUCGUUUCAUCCGUUUUCCUACUACUAGAGAAGAUAUAAACUUUGCCAAGAGAAUUUUUUACGAGAAAUAUUCUUUUCCGGGAGUCCUUGGUUGCAUAGAUUGCACUCACGUGUGUAUUAAAAAACCCCCUGUUGAAGUGGAGCAUGUAUAUUAUGCUGUCCGGAAAGCGAGUCACACGAAAAAUGUGCAAAUAAUUUGCAAUGCGGACCUCCUGAUUUUUGGUGUAAACGCGCGAUACGGAGGAUCUACGCAUGAUAGUUUUAUUUACAACAAUUCUGCUAUAAGUUCUCAUCUUAAAAGACUAUUUUUGAGUGGGGAUAGGUCGAGCUGGCUUUUGGCAGACAGCGGCUAUGGACAGCAACCAUGGAUAAUGACUCCUGUGUCAACUCCAAGCAAUCCACAGGAAGAGAGAUAUAAUGUUGUCCAUAAAAGAGCCCGUGCAACUGUCGAAAGGUGUAUUGGAGUCCUUAAAAGCCGCUUUAGGUGCUUGUCUAAGCAAAGGGUAUUGCUUUAUUCUUCUCAAAAGGCGGGUAUGAUCAUCACAGCAUGCUGCACCUUACAUAACAUAAUGACAAGAGAAAACUAUCCCUUGCCCGAGGAAUCAGAAAUAUUGGAUGCAGUUUCCAAUGAACGUAACGAUGCAGAACAUGCUCCUCUUCGAGAUGAAGAAAUUGAUGCCACAGGAAGUUUUCUCCAACAAGGAAGAUAUAUAAGACAGCAACUUAUCCGGAACAAUUUUUGA